UUCUGCAGGAGGGCUAGGGUGUGGGUCCCCGGGUCCCCUCUCUGCUUGGCUCCUCCCCUUAACCUCUUAACCCGUCCAUUCUGAGGAGGGGUUCUGGAAGCAGUUCCAUCGCUCGGCUGCAGCUCUGCAACCCUUCAAUAUCUGGAAUGAGCGCUUGGGCUGCGCCAGCCACAGACGCCCGUCCAGAAGCUGGUGCUGGUGAAAUGGACCUGGUGACCUUCAGGGAUGUGGCAUUGAACUUCACCAAGGAGGAAUGGGCCCUGCUAGACCGUGAGCAGAGGAACCUUUACCGAGAUGUGAUGCUGGAGAACUACAGGAACCUGGCUUCCAUAGAUGAUCAACAUAACACCAAAAACUCAAUCCCUCAGCAGGACAUUCUUGCUGAAAAGACAUUUCAUGAAGCCAGCAAAUUGUGUCUCACGAGCAACAGUUCCCAGCCCUCCAUGUUAGGAGAUUUGGAAUGCCACAAAACAGAGAAGCCACACAAGCUGAGGAGGCAAAAAGUGAAGCAAGUUGCAGUUGUCCAAGAGAAAAAAUCUCUGGUUAGAGACUGUGAAUAUCACAAAAAGAGGGAGAACCCUAAACCAAACUCAACGUUUGUGCCUGCACAGGGUGUAUACCCAAAGGAAUUGAAAACAGGUAUGCAAACAGAUACAGGUACUCUUGAUUCCACAAGAAAAUAUGUCCCCAAAAAUAUUUUGAAACAAAAUCAUAUCUUAAUGAGGAAUCAAAAAAUCUAUAAAAACAGCAAAUAUGAUAGCAGAUUGUGGCAGAGCAUUCAGUCAGUUCCAAGUGUGAGAACUCCAACAGAGCUGAAAUCAAACACAUGGAUUGAUCAUCAGAACCAUGGGCUUCAUAUAUUUGAUCAAACUUAUAUGGAGGUAAACGUUCAUGAAUGGAGUCCAUUUGGAAAAGUCUUCACUGAAGACUCUGUCCUGAGGGCACACAGGACUUGGGCUAAAGAAAAAAUGUAUGAGUCUAAUGAGAAUGAAAACACCUUCCGAAAUAACUGGAGCUGUGCUGUGCAGAUGCAAUCCUAUAUGGCAGAGACAGAUAAUGAGAAUAAUGAGCAUGGGAAAACCUUUGCCUGUGUUUCAAAUUCUGAUUCACGCAAAAGCACUAGGAGUGGAGAGAUAACGUAUAAAUGUCAAGAUUGUAGGAAAUCCUAUGUUUAUCAUUCAUCCCUUAUGAAACACAUGAAAAUUCACACUGGAGAGAAACCCCAUGAAUGUAAGAAAUGUGGGAAAACCUUUCGAUAUUCCUUACACCUUAAUAAACACUUAAUAAAGCACAGUGUGGAGAAAUCUCAUAAAUGCAAGGAAUGUGGGAAAGCCUUCCGUAAGUCCUCAAAACUUACCGAACAUACAAGGGUUCACACAGGAGAGAAACCCUAUAAGUGUCAGGAGUGUGGAAGAGCCUACUUUACUAAUUCAGGACUUAAAAACCAUCUAAGGAAUCACAGCUGAGAGAGGCCCUGUGAAUGAAAGGAAUGCGGGAAAAUCUUUAUUUUCCUCAAAAUACUGAACACGUUAAAGAGGACAUAUUGGAAGGGAGCUCAGUAAGAUAACAUAGAGGGAAAAGUCUUUCUUGAACUAUUGUAUCUUACAGAAAUGGGAAAAUUCACACUGCAAAGAAAGCCUGUGAAGAUAAGGUAUGUGGAAAGUUUUUAAUCUUCACUCAUUAGAAGAUAUGUAUUGUCACAUUGGAGAGAAACCCUAUGAAUCUAAGAAAUAUGGGAAAGCCUUCAAUGUUGUCUCAAAUUCAUAGUCCCUCUAAGAAGUCACACUGCAAAGACACCUUGUAAGACUAAGGAACGUGGGGAAAACCUCUUCAAACAUUCAGUUCUUAAGUUUACACAUGAGACCACACCUGGAGAAAGACUCUGAUUGUAAUAAAUACAAGAAAGCCUUCGGUUCCCAGCUCUUCACUUACAGGGCACAAGUGAGCACACAGUAGGUAAGAAAACACAGUAAAUGUUAUGAUUGCUGCCAUUAUUGUCUCAUCCUUUAGUGGAAAUCGAAAUUUAUUAUUUCCCAGUUUUUCUUUUCUAAUAAAAUCCCAUAAGAUGAUUGUCCCUCUAUGUACCCUAUCAGCUCUGCCACAUGACUUUUGAUAUGUCGUGACUUCCUUACAAUUCACUUAGCAUACAUACGAUCUCAUCAAUAUGUAGCCCAGUUGGAGCUGCGUUUGAUUUAGAUUUGGGUUGAAUAUGCUCUAUGAUGCUAUUUUUGUCAGUUUGUUGUUUUGGGUUGAGAUUUGACUGCACUAUGGUCAGAGUAUGUGGUCUUUAUAUAAUACUGAUAUGGGGUACUUGUUCUCAUGUGGCCGAUUCUGUCAAUUGCCUGGCUGUAUCAAUUUUUCUAAUCUUUACUAAGGGUACAUAGAUUUUUUUUUUCAGAGUUAGUACUGUUUAAUGUUUUUAAAUGCAUUUCCCAGUUUUCCUCAUAACUGAUGGUGGGCAGAGCAUAUAGCUUGGCCAAUGAGGGAAGAAUUCACUGGUGUGGAUUCCUAAACAGCUGCCGGAAAGGGGACAGUAGUCAUCACUCUUUUUCUCUUUAACUAAUUUCCCUUUGCUCUCUUUCCUUGUUGCUCUCUGGGAAGUGGAUGAAAUUCCCUUAGUUAGCACAAGGAGCUUUAAUUUAGGGCCACGGUCUCAAUAAAACAACCCUCAGAAUACAAGAUUUUUCACUCCCUAGUGGCAUGUUUUUGGAUGUCCAUGACUGUCCAAUGCAAUAAACUGUAUUUCUAAACUUGUUACAUGAUGUAAACCCCUAAUUGGAUUAAAAGGCAUUUUAGGGGAGAGUUUUAUAACUCAGAGUUAAUGCUAAAUGAUAAAC